GAAUUAAACCAGUUUAAAUUUCGAGAAAAUAAGAAAUUUAACCAGGUCUCUGUCAUCGAUGUUUUAUCGAAAUCGUUCCCAUAAUGCCUUGCAACAAUUAAACAAACUCUCCUUUCAAAAUGGCGGCUGCUGGUUCUGAUAUCUCUAUGUAUCGUCAUCCGACAUAUUACGGAGGUACGGCCGUCCCACUGCCAAGUUGUAUGUAUGGCUUGCCCAGCUACUAUCAGACAAACACGAACAUUGAGGUACAGCUGUCAUCAUCGAGUUUACAGAGUCUCGAAAGAAAGCAAGAGGAUAUUCUUCGUGAACUGAACGGCCUAAAAACUUCCGUUGAAGAAGUGGCAAAGCGGCUCGGGGUUCCUCUUCCGCGUCCAAAAGUGAAAGUUUCUCCAACAACAUGUGAUUUUGUGAUAUUCACUUCACCAAAUGACCCUCCUCUUAUUAUAAGCAUUCUACAGCAUAUUAUGAAGCAAAGAGGACUUGCCCAUACAACAGCAAUGUUCAGCCACUCAUCAGUUAAAGAGCCAAUCCCUGAUUCUGUCAGAACACAAUUCCAGAACUUCUCUAAAUGUAAUAAAGAAGUUGGGCGUGCCCCAGUCAUUUUAACUCUUGUUUGGAAAGAAGAGGGAGAUCUUCCUUCGCUAGUAGUUUCUCCAUCUGCCCACAAUCCAAUGACUGGUGAAAUAACCAUUGCUCGCUUCUUCUGCCGCACAUUUCUCCCAGACUUGUAUGGUAAUCUAACACCUGAAGAGUCUGCAUGUGUGGAUUACUGGAUUGACAAAUCACUUGCAAGCAGCAAAGAGCGAACUGCUGCCUUGAAAAGUCUUGAAUUAAAGCUUGCAAAACAGUGGAUUCUUGGUGGGAAAAUGACCUUGGCUGAUAUUGCACUUGCCUGCAGUAUUGUGAAGCAGAAUGGCCCAGAUCUUGUUCAUGGUGAUGCAAGGAAAUGGAUGAUGAGAAUUCCUGGACUUCUAACAAAGUAAUUGAACAAGUUCAUUAUUUAUUCACAAUUCUCAGUGUGUUUGACUUUGCAUGAAAUAGCACAUUGAACUGAAAUUUUCAAACUUGAAGUGUUGGUAGAAUUUCACUGUAGGAAGUUAGUGUCAGUCUGUCAUGUUUUUUGCUAUCAGAGGCAAAUACAACCACAGAACUCUUGUUAGUGUCAGCUUAAUGAAGGUUUAGCAAAUUAUGCAAUUUUGUUGUUCAGUUAGUUAUUGUUAAAUACAAAUGUGUCAAAGUGA